AUCUACCUUCUCGUCAUGUACCUCCAGCUGCCAGUCGCCUACUUUCUCCUCGGACGCCUUUUGAGCGGCCUCAUGGGAGACUACAACCUCAUCCUCGCCAGCUGCUUCGCCUACGUGGCCGACACCAGCGACAAACGCGCACGUACCUUUCGUGUCGCCAUCCUCGAGGCAUGCCUUGGCAUCGCGGGCAUGCUGGCCAGCAUCGGCGGCGCCCGCAAGGCACAAGGGUACAUCAACCCCUUUUGGCUCGUGCUUGCUGCCAGUCUUGCUGCCGCCUUCUACGCUGCUUUCUGUCUUCAGGAAUCCGUAAAGCAGCAGAAAGCAGCCAAACUGUUCACGCUUAGUCAUUACAAAGCUGUGUGCAGGCUGUACACGACCCCAGAACACCUGAGCUCCAGGCGGAAGCUUGCUCUUUACUCCCUGGCUUUCUUUCUUCUUGUCACGGUCCAUUUUGGAACCAGGGACCUCUUUGUUUUGUACGAGCUUGGCUCUCCCCUCUGCUGGGCUGCUGACCUCAUUGGGUACGGCUCAGCUGCCAGUUACCUGGCGCUGGCGUCCCUGAGCAGCCUGGGAGGGCUGCGGCUGCUGCAGCUCUGCCUUGAAGACACCUGGGUGGCAGAGAUAGGAUUGAUCUCCAAUAUUUCUGGACUGGUUGUGAUUUCUCUUGCUGCUACAACACCACUGAUGUUUACAGGUUACGGGAUUUUGUUCCUUUCCAUGGCAGCCACUCCAGUCAUCAGAGCCAAGCUGUCCAAGCUGGUCAGUGAGACGGAGCAGGGUGCUCUCUUUGCUUCCAUUGCCUGUGUGGAAGGACUGUGUUCGCUUGUGGCUACAGGAGUGUUCAACUCUCUUUACCCUGCCAGCUUGCACUUCAUGAGAGGAUUCCCAUUUCUCUUUGGGGCUAUAAUUCUUCUUAUUCCAGCAGCUAUUAUUGGGUGGGUAGAAAUCUGGGACUCAAACCAUGACUACAGCCACUUCUCAGAUGCUUCCCUGUCCCCUGUGGAUGGCUGAGCAGCAGCUUGGCAACAAGGAACUGGCUAGCUUGGCAGUGUGCAUCUGAAGACUGCUCUUUGUUCUUCCCUUGAAGGACAGAUUAGUGUGGGAGGGACACCUUGCUUGACCUUACUAAUUCUUAAAUGCCAAGUAGUUGGAAAUCAUGACUCCGACUGCCAAUAGGAACUGGAUUUGCGGAUGUGAAUGCCUCCUUGCU